CUGUUACACUAGUAAUCUAUAGCCUCAAUGCUUUCUCUUUUGCCAGAAUAGUACAACUAUAUAUAUUUGUUAUUAUUAUUGUGUCAUGCUUUCUUCAGUCGGCCAUAAUGCAUGCUGUAUGACUCAAAGUAUAUUUUGGUUAUGAUUGUGCUGUGGCUGUUUUUAGAGUAGCUAAAGUAAAAUUUAAAAUAUUUUGAUCAUGGCAAUCACAGCAAAUAAAAAAUUCUGGACUGAAUUCAUUGAUAUCUAUCACAGUCUACCCAGCCUGUGGAAUACAAAAGAUGAAAACUAUAAUAAUCGUGAAAGUCGUUCGUUGUCGUGGUAUAAAUUGGUGGAAAAACUGCAAGAAGUUGAACCAGAUGCCAAUCAAGAUUCUGUAAAACGGAAAAUUAAUACAUUCCGUUCGAAUUUCAAUCGGGAGGUACGGAAAAUAAGACAAACACAAAAAGAACAGCCCACAGAAGUAUACAAUCCCACGUUAUGGUAUUUUGAUCAUUUAUCAUUUCUGUUGAAUCAAGAAAAAUAUAAUAUUGGUAGUGGCCACUAUGACGAAGGCAUGACAUUGAUGGGUCUGACUACAGCCAAAAGUGAAAACAUGGAUGAAAAUGAAACAAUGCAUGAAGUAUCUAUAAAUCAAGAAGAAAUGGAUAUGUCAAAUCAUGAUCAGAAAACAAGCUAUGAAAAAUUAAUACCGAAUAAAUCAAUGACACGUUCAGGAUUUAAAAGGAACAAUACAAGCAAAUUUUUAGAGCCAGAACAAAAACCUAUAAUUGACUAUACUCCCUUAAUUGAGCAUUUAUCAGAACCAUGUAGCCCUUUACGUCCCAUGUCUAUAGAAGAACCUCAAAGUUCGGUUCCACAUGAAAUUAACUUAAAACAAUCAGAAGACUUGGAAGAAACGAUUAAAUUGCAAAGAACAUCUACGCCUAGAAUACAACGUUCCAAUCUAAACAAAAAAUCAAAAUUACGUGUUAAAUCUGUAGAUCUUAACAAUAGAAAACUCUUCAGAAAUUGUUUAGUAUCACCUAUACCAACAGAUGAAGCAGCAAUUUAUGGCCAAUCAUGGGCAUGUGGUUUUCGUAAAUUAAGUCCACAACAAAAACUUUUUGCUAAAAAAGCCAUAGAUGAAAUAUUAAUACUAGGACAACUAAAUGCUUUAAAACUGAAUACAGUACAAAUGAAUGGCAAUUUAUUAGAGGUGGUGGCUAGCGACGAAGGUUGACUGGUAGGAAAUGUGCUUCCUAUGUGUAAUAUUAGUAUUUAAAUUACAAGCCAAAAAUCUAAGAAAUAAGGAAUUGUUUUGUUAUAAACGUUUUGAGUGUAUAAAAUAAAAAUAAGAGGUUUUAAUGA